GCUUUUCGCUGUAGAGCUGCAUGUAGCUCGACACAGUUCAAGUUUGUGGCGAGUUUACUAAGAAAUUUGAAUUGGUUGGUUGACUAUCGGUAGGUGAUUCAUAAAUUAUGAUUAUGGCAUAGGAUUGUAGUGUGGCAAUAGUAUUGGCAUUGGCAUUAUAGUGUAAGUAUAAUAAUUUUCCCACUUUAAAUUUAAAGUUAUUUAAAGUAAAAGGCAAGGGUUAUUAUUUAUAAGUCGGUUCGUCUUGUCUGCGCCUAUUACUAACUAUUACAAUUACAAACUUACUAUUAAUAUUAACUAUGACAGACUACAGUAUAGUGUAUAUUAAAAAUGUAUUUUGCUUUAUCUAAGAGUAUAGUUAGUAGUAUAGGCAAAGGCCGACGACCUGACGGCUGAUGGUACUACCACUUAACACGGUUAUUAAUUAUUACUAAAUAAACUAUUAUUAUAUUAUUUAUAUCCUAUAAUUUAUAAUAGUAUCAUCAUUGCAAGGUGAUUCUUUCAGUACUAGUACUAGGACUAGAGCCCAGAAAAUGCGAAUAUUUCACGAAGGAUCAACAUUAACAUUAACAAUUAACAUAUUUAAAAUUAUGAAAUUUAAGUCAAAAGAACUUGGAAAAGUAAAAGGAGGGAAUCCUGGCUUCUUCUACACUAAUGGUUCUCAACUUUUUUUGUCUACUGCCCCCAUCGAGACAUAAACUUAUGAUAAACUCACCCUUAGUAAGUUGCGGCCUUAGUGUCUUUACUUAACGCCCCCAGAAGAUCAUCAAUUUUCUGAAUUCCUUUUAUCUAAAAAAGUCUGUUAUCCGAACAUCUUUUUACUUUUUUAAUAAUCGAACAGUAUAAUCAUGCAUAAUCAGCAUCAUUGGCAUUUCUUAAACUUAUUUGCUUCUGGUUAAUACUAAGUAUAAUUUUUGAAUUGCCCCUUUCUACAGUUCACAAACUGCCAAAAAAAAAAGAUAUAUCACACCAUCUGUGGGUAAGUUAAACAAAUUCACGCCAUGACGUUUUACAUGGCCACCAUCUUGGUUUUCAUGACCUGUGGGUCGUGGCAGACAUGUUAAGAAAACACACUUCUGCUAAAAUGAGGAGGGGAAAGGGAGAGAAUGUGCUGGAUUAGCUAUUUACAGAGAGAAAUGAAAUUAGGAUGAAACAUUAUAAAUUCAAGAAAAUGCUUUCAGCUGGUAUAUAAUUUCGGUACAUAAUUUCGUGGCAAAUUAAGCUACUUAAUUGUAUCCCUUUAGAUAUGCAGUCAUUAUGGAUUUUCAAAAUCUAAAAAAUAGUAUUUGAAAUAUUCACAUUUUCUUAUGUCUAGUAGGGAGUGGGGCACAGUGGAUCAGAAAUCGUCUUUUUUUUAAUAUUCCAAAAGUUUCCACAGAUAUUUGAAUGUUGUAUGCGCACAAUGAUUGUAUUACAUCUUGGCCUUGGAUAGGAAUCCUUAAAAUGUGGCUAAAUAUGAUAUUCUUGCCCACAGAGCGUUUCAAAGUGUGCAGGGGUGAUUCACUAUGCCCUGGUACCGGGGCACAGUGAAUCACUACCUGGGACACAGUGAAUCAAUAUGGAAAAUGAAUCAUUAUCUCUGGCUUACUUAAAAUUGACUUAAAUUAUAGUGAGGGUUGUGAAUUUAAUGCAAUUAUUGCACUGAAUGUUAUUUUUCAUAUGAUAAUCUUGUAUAAACUCAAAUAUAAACAGUCAUACAACCUACUUAUUUUCUUUAACUAUAGACUCAUAGACACUGAAAAAUGCAGGCAAACAAUUUGUAAAUGAAUAAUUUAUUUAUUUGUAACACCAAACAAUUUAAAUGAUAAAAUAUAAAAUGACAACAAAACAAUAAUUGCAAAAAAUCAACAUAGAAAAUAGUCAUAUUCUGAUAAAUCAACAUUUGAAAUGGCGAGCAACUCGAGCCGUCCCUCCGUGGAGCAGAGGUCUGGGCAAUUUGACAAUUCUUCUUCUUCAUUAUCAAAAAUUUGGCAGCAUUUAUAUUUUGGUGAAAAUGAUGUUUGGUCUAAUCCAGAUUGCAGUGGCCCUGAGUUGCCUUUUCGACAUAUCUGCGGAGACUUGAAAAUUUAAUGUUGGUGUCUUUGCUAACAGUUGUAAUAGAUUUUCCUUCCUCCAAAGCAUUGUAGUAAUGGUCUGGGCAACUUAACAAUGAUUCUUAUUCAUUAUAACAAAUUUUGCAGCAUCUAUAUUUUAGGUUGGCUUUUCUACAUAUCUGCGGAGACUUGAAAAUUGAAUGUUGGUGUCUUUGCCAUCAAUCAGUCCAAAGAGAUUUUCCUUCCUCCAAAACAUGUUGUACAGCCUCCUUCAUGGCUUCAGCUGUUGUGUAACCAACAUUUCUAUUUGACUCUCUGUUUCUAACCAUUUUAUCUGGAAGAGGAAAAAAAAAGGAACACAACUGAAUUUUUUAGAAAUCGGUUUAUUAAAGAAUAAUUAUUUAAUUUAAAAUAUCUUAUCUUAAUCUUCACUGGUAUUAAAAUCUAGGCCAAAUUCAUACUUUUUCUGAUUUAAGUUAUAUUCCACAAACUUGCGUUUAACAUAUGUAUGUCAAUAUUUUAAAAUAUUAUUAAAGAGCAUAAAUGGGGCACAUUGAAUCAAUAGCUUAAAUGAUCCACUGUGCCCCGAUUCACUGUGCCCAGUGAUAAAAAAAAUUAAACAAAUUUAAUUUUCUGCUACAUGGCUGGCUGCAUAGGACUGGUAAAUUGUUUUAAUACAUUCUACUAGGUCACUAAUGCUAAUCAAUUACAUCUAAUUUUUAAAAUCUUAAUAAUAAAAUCUGUGAAAUAAAAUUAGAGAAGGUCCUAAAAUUUACUUUUGAUGGUAAAAAACAUACCUUACCUUGUAAAAUUUCAAAUUGACGUUAGAACAAGCAAUGCUGUAUAAAUAAAGUUGGCGGAUGUAAAUACGCAAAUAAUGAUGACAUCAGCAACAGAAAUCUCCCGGUGAUUUGGUAGAAAAUACCACUGAUUCACUGUGCCCCUUGAUCCACUGUGCCCCAACUCCCCCUACUAGUGUAGACUUAAUAUAGAGUUGCAUUUACUCACUUUAUAAUUACUAUACUAUAUUAUAUGUAUUAACUUAAUUAUACUCUUGGAUACUACAUUGCAGCUAAGUGUUUUUAUUUAAUUAUGUUGUUACUGUUGUUUGUUCGCAGAUGAAGGCUUCUUGCCUUCGUUGUUUUGUUGCGUUAUUUUUAAAUUUUUUUCCCAAACUUCGUUUCGCCCAUUUCCAAGAUUAUUUAAACAAUCUGCAAUUGACAUUUUCCUUUUCUUUUCUUAGCAUGGAUUUCUUUUGAUGACAUUAUUUUUAAGAUGAUAAUUGUGACACAUAUUUAUGAAUAAAAACUUUUUCAGCACUCUAUCAAUAAACUGUUAUAUUAUUUUUUAUCAUUCUUUCACUUCUAUUUACGCAGGUAAUCAAUCACUGAAGCUGGCACAAGCAACUAGAGUAAAAGACCAUGCCAUCCUCGCUUGUGAGUUUGUUCUCUUUUACAAGCCCUGCUGUAAAGAGACUAAUGGGAUGGAAACAAGGUGAUGAGGAGGCCAAAUGGGCAGAGAAGGCCAUAGAAUCUUUGGUAAAAAAAUUAAAAAAGAAGAAAGGUGUCCUUGAAGACCUUGAGUAUGCCAUUCAAACAAAAGACCCAUGUUCAAAGUGUGUAACCAUUCAGCGCUCAUUAGAUGGUCGGCUACAGGUGUCUCAUCGCAAGGGUUUGCCUCAUGUCAUCUAUUGCAGAGUCUGGAGAUGGCCUGACCUGCAGUCUCAUCAUGAACUCAAAUCAGUUGAGUCAUGUCAGUUUCCAUUCAGCUCAAAACAGAAAGAAAUUUGUAUAAAUCCUUAUCACUACCGUCAUGUUGAGAGCCCUGUAUUGCCGCCAGUGCUUGUCCCGCGAUAUGAUUUCUCACCUGAAUUUGUGCCAACAUUUCAGCCCCCUCCUGAGCCAUCAAUGCCGUACAAUGUUACCUAUCCAUUCGAUACACAACAGGCAUUGCCCUCUGACACCCUUAGCCAGUACAGUUCUUCUUGUCUCUCCUCAGAUACUCCCCCACCACCUUACCAUUCCUUACCUGACCAAAAUGGCCACUGUUACAACAUGGAUACUUGUGAUCAAUAUAGCCUUUCACCAUGCUCCUCUGUGGAAUCAACGCCACCACAAUCGCCACCAAUGCAACCUAUCAGCUAUCAAGAGUUGGACCACUGGUGUAACAUUGUGUAUUAUGAACUUAACAGCAGAGUUGGUGAGCAGUUUCGAGCAAGUUGUAACAGUGUCACAGUGGAUGGGUUUACUGACCCAUCUCAUGUGGGCCGAUUCUGCCUAGGAAUUCUGUCGAACGUUAAUCGUAAUUCAACUGUUGAAAACACCCGUCGCCACAUCGGUCGAGGUGUACACCUCUACUAUGUCGGAGGUGAAGUUUUUGCAGAAUGUUUAAGUAAUAGCAGCAUCUUUGUCCAGAGUCGUAACUGCAACUAUUCAUAUGGAUUUCAUCCUACAACUGUCUGCAAAAUUCCUCCAGGCUGCAGUCUUAAAAUUUUUGACAACAAAGAGUUUUCAUUGCUUCUCUCCCAGUCUGUCAAUCAUGGGUUUGAAGCUGUGUAUGAGUUAAGUAAAAUGUGUAUUAUCCGUAUGAGCUUUGUCAAAGGAUGGGGAGCAGAAUACCAUAGACAGGAUGUCACAGCCUGUCCAUGCUGGAUAGAAAUUCACAUCAACAGUCCACUCCAAUGGUUGGAUGAAAUCCUCAAACAGAUGGGUUCAUCUAAAAAUCCAAUUUCAUCUGUAUCAUAACAAAAAUUGAAAGGUUUUUUUAAAAAAAUGUUUGUAAUUGAAAUAAUAUUUGAAGCUCAUCCUUUUUAUUAAGACUUUAUACUUUGCAUCAAAAAUAAGUAAAGUCUGUUAUUCUCUCUGUAAAUAGUUUUACAAAGUGGUUCAAAAUUGUAUUGCCAACUUUAGUUUUACCAUAA